AUGGAAAGUUCUUUUUCAAAUGCUGAAGCUAAUAACGAUAAUGCAUCAAAAUCACUUGAAGUUGAAGGUAACUCUCCUCUAUAUAAUCAUAUUAAAAUUUGUGGAAUUAGAGUUUGCUCUAAAGUUAGUAAUGAGAUCCAUUCGCAAUUGCGAAAAGAAGUAGAAGGUGCCGAAUUAGAGGCAAAGAGAAAUCAACCUAAAAAAGUGCCUCUACCGACUUCUAUUUCUCAAGUUAGUGCUUCUUUUUCUAGUCCUUUAUGUGGUAUCGGAGGAACAUCAGGGAUUAGUGGUUCGAGAGUAGAGGGAGUUGAAUCAUUUAGUUCAAAGAAGCGAAAAUCAAAAUAUUUGGAUUCGGGUCCUUUCGAAAAGCUAGUGAAUGAUGAUCGUCUCAUACACUUAUGUGGCCAACAACAAUAUUAUUGGGUACUUGCCUCCCGGAUACAAUUUAUUGCGCACUACUUUGCUUCAAAAAGAAAGAACAAAUAUCGAAAGAUUAAUAUUACAACUAACCAAGAUGAAGUGGGUGGAGCACGGUUUGAGCUUGAUUUCCGAUGGGUGUACCAAUCCUCAAAGAAGGCCAAUUAUCAACUUUAUUCGACAUCCGAAAGUGGUCCUAUGUUCUUGAAAGCCGUCAAUUGUAAAGGUGAGUAUAAAGACAAAUUUUUUAUUGCCAAUUUACUUAAAGAGCAAAUAAAAAAUGUUGGAGAGCAAAAUGUUGUGCAAGUAAUUACGGAUAAUGCUCCGGUUUGUAGAGCCGCCGGGGUACUUAUUGAAAGUAAGUUUCCAACCAUUUAUUGGACACCUUGUGUAGUCCAAACUCUUAACUUGGAAUUUAAGGCUAUUUGUGGCGCAAAGAAUACCGAAUAUAAUGAAGAGACAUAUCAAGAAUGUAAGUGGAUUACCGAAGUGGCAAAUGAUGCAUUUUCUAUAAGGAAUUUCAUUAUAGGCCAUAGCAUGAGUAAUGCUAUUUACAAUGAAUAUGAAACUUUGAAGAUGUUAGCGAUUGCUCCUACGCGUUUUGCAUCGGUGGUUAUAAUGCUUAAGAGAAUGUUAGCUAUCAAGCGUGACCUUUCACUUAUAGUUAUAAUUUAUGAGAUGUUGAGAUUUGCCGACACGGACAAGCCAUGCCUUCACUUGAUUUAUGAUAAGUGGGAUUCAAUGAUUGAAAAGGUAAAGGCUAUUAUUUAUCAACAUGAGAAGAAGCAAGACAAUGAAAAGUCUACUUUUUAUGAUACAAUUCAUGAGAUUUUAGUGUAUCGGUGGAAUAAGAGCAACAAUCCUCUUCAUUGCUUGGCUCACUCAUUGAAUCCUUGGUAUUAUACCGAAUAUUGGAUUAAAGGUGGCGUUGGACGUGUAGCUCCUCAUAAUGAUUUGGAGAUUUCGAAUGAAAGAAAGCAAUGCUUUAGACGCUUCUUUCCGAAUGCCGACGAUCGAAGAAAAGUUCAAAUCGAAUUUGCCAAAUUCUCAUCUUUAAGAGAAGAGUUUGGUGAUUUCGACUCCAUCAAUUAG